CUGGGUUGGAAGCAAGCUUGAUGGCAUUUCAGGAUCAAGGUGCACAGAAACCCAAAAAGAUCCAAAUAUAACAUUACUGUUUUGCUGCUGCGAAGGUGAUAUGUGCAACGAGAAUAUGACUACCGUUUACCUUCCAGGUGUAUUAACCACAGAGUCUGCAGUGGAAUACAGUACUAAUGUUCCUGUUCCACUUCUUAAUGAAGGAAAUCCAGUACUUAAUACACUGUUGUACACACUUGUGCCAUUACUAGCAGUUACUCUUGUUCUCAUUGCUUCUUACUGGUUGUAUAGACACCAUAAAAUGACUUACUUCAAUGAAAUUCCCAUUACUGAUCUUUCUCCUCCUUCACCUUUUCCCCGCCUCAAGCCUGUGCAGCUCUUAGAAAUUAAGGCUCAGGGACGUUUUGGUGCUGUUUGGAAAGCUCAGUUGAUAAAUGAAUUUGUUGCUGUGAAGAUAUUCCCUCCACAGGACAAGAACUCUUGGCAAGUGGAACAGGAGAUUUUCCAGCUACCACAGAUGAAACAUGAUAACAUCUUGGCCUUUAUUGCAGCAGAAAAAAGGGCAGAUAAUCUUCAGUUGGAAUAUUGGCUGAUUACAGCUUACCAUGAAAAAAGCUCACUUUAUGACUUUUUAAAGGCAAAUGUUGUUUCAUGGGCAGAAGUACUAACUAUCUCAGACUCGAUUGCAAAAGGUCUCAUGCACUUACAUGAAGAAUUACCACCAACCAGAGGUGAAGCCUACAAACCCUCUGUAGCUCACAGAGAUUUCAAAAGUAAAAAUGUUCUCUUAAGGGGUGACUUAACGGCCUGCAUUGCAGAUUUUGGUUUAGCCCAAGUUUUCUAUGCUGGAGAGUCUCCAGGAGAUACUCAUGGUCAAGUUGGGACAAGAAGGUACAUGGCUCCUGAGGUCCUGGAAGGGGCCAUCAAUUUCAACAGGGAUGCAUUUCUAAGGAUAGAUAUGUAUGCUUUUGGGCUAGUCUUGUGGGAGCUGUUGAAUAGAUGUUCAUCUCAGGAUGGCCCUGUUGGGGUAUACAUGCUUCCAUUUGAAGAAGAAGUUGGUCAACAUCCAAACCUUGAAGAAAUUCAGGAGCUAGUGGUACAAAGGAAGGGGAGACCAAAGUUCAAAAAUUCAUGGAAAAAACAUCCUGGUAUAGCAGUGUUAUGCAGUACUAUUGAAGACUGUUGGGAUCAUGAUGCAGAAGCAAGACUUUCAGCCAGCUGUGUGCAAGAAAGGAUAAAAUUACUGUACAAAUCUCUUACCCCAAACUCAGGCUCCGAUUAUCAUAUAACAGCUGAUUGGAAGAACCCAACUACUACCUCAGAGAAAUUACCAUCAAUUACUUGCUCACAGUUAGUAUACUGCCCUAAAGAAUCCAGCAUAUGAAAUCUCCACGGAUAGGUAGGAGGACUCGAGUGUGUCUGACCAGGACUAUCACCUCAUCAUCUAUGGACCCUGUUGUGCCUUCUUCCUUGAGCAAGUACAACAAGGUUAUGUCACCCAUUAGUCUAUAGGGUACAUGUAACAAACAAGACACUUGCUGUAGGUGUAGCUUAUAAGUAGAUUGGGUGUAUCUCUCAUUGAAAGUAAUACCAUCAUUCAUGAACAAUUUAUAAAUUGUUUGACCAUUUUAUGUUCCAAGUUUUUAUGUUACAGUGAUGAACAGCCAUUUAGAAAUAGUUUCAUCUAUACUGCAAGCCUUCCAACAGUCCCCUCAGGAAAAAUAUGGACUUUAGUAGAGCAGUUUUUGAAAAAAUAGAGUCUUUACUUAGGAAAAUAGGGAUAAUUUAGAUUUUGUAGAGGACUUAACAACCAGCAUGUUUUUAUACAAUUACCCACUUUGUCAUAGCCAUUAGCACUAGAACUACUAGACAAAUGAAAAAUACCUAAAUUUUAAAAGUGAAAAAGUGUCAAAUUGAUGGCCUUGGCAGUUCUUGUGUUCAAACCUUAAGAAAUGUACCAAAAUGUAAAUACAUACAUACCUCAUCUCAUUUUUUUUUAUCAAUUUGAAUAGUUUUUUCCGUGUCUUUUAUCAUUCAAGAUUAGUUUCUAGUUUUCAUAUACACAUGUAUAACACUGAAUUUACUACUUCAUGACUAUUUUAAUGAAGAUAUUUACUUGUAGGCUAAGCAUGCUACAUAAGUUCAAACAUACAUACAACAUGCACAAUGUGUAGUGGAAGUGGCAGUAUUCAAAGAGAAAAGCAAGUAGUAUAUUAAGCUAUAAUCUCAUGGUAGUUAUCUCACCAGUGAUAACUUUCAAUCCUCAGAAUGUUGAACACACAAUACAGAAAAUGCAGACUUUUACGCUGAAACUACUGAGCACUUCUAAGCAAGUAACUGAUACAAUAUAUAUAUCAUAAUUCCGUGAUUAAAACGACAAUUAUCACAUGCCUGCAGCCUUUUGUCAGUUAGAAACAACUAACAAAAAAUGUAGUAUCAUCCACCUUUUGUAAACAGAGAACAUUAUUUCUUAUUAAGAACAUACACACAUUAAUUUCUAAUAGUCUAUAAUAACACCAAUGGCCACUACCUUAGAUCUAACAGAACUUUACUGUUCUACAUGCAUGUAUUUCUAGUGACAUCUACACUACUCAACCCACACUUAGAACUACUUUUAAAUCUUCUUGGCAAAUUCCUGUUAAUAUUGAUCAGGCAUUCAUUUUUUCUUAUGAUCUAUUGGUUUUCUCUCUGCAUCCAUCUAAUGCCUUCUGACCAUCAAUCAUUCUCUUACGAGCUGCAUGCAGUAUAGUCUGGGCCAUGCUUGCAUCUAUAAAAUCUUGUUGUAACAGAUUUGGACAGAUGUACUUGGCACUCUGCAAACAAUAAUUUUGGCCCUCUCUUGUCUUCUAAUAACUUUGUUUCCUUUGUAGAUGGCUCUUCUAUUUUUUUCUUUGAGUUUUUCAUUUGUCUUUAGAGCAGCCACAACAUCCUUUUUCUGUUGGUCUAAUUCUUUUUUUUUCAUUGUUGCUCUUUCCCUUUCCUUUGUUUCUCCUUUACCUCCUGUAGUCUUAACUUGUAUGCAUUUACAACAUACUCAUGGGCAGCAAGAUGUCAUUUGGUGUUUGGCAAUUGGUGUAGAGUUUGGCUAGACUUGUUGUGCCUUACAUCAUUUUUUACAACAGUAAUUCCAGUCAAAGACUUUGGGUUCAGUGAAACUCCCUCUGGAGUGGGAAUAUUUUUGUUGUAGGAAAGGGACCACUCCACAUCAACAUUUUCAUGCAAUUGUCAUAAAGCAAUACACAAUUUGCAUGAGAUGCCCAUACUCUGACUGGUUAGCCCCAUUUUUUUUUAUCCUAAUUGUUUCUGAUAAUGGUCAGUGCACCUAAAAGUUACAUUUUCACUGGACUCAUUCAAUAAUCCACUUUCUUGGAACUUCCUCGUAUUUAGAUCUCUGUCGAACAACAAUGGCCAAAUUCCUUUUAGACCAUGCUACUUGACAUCUCUUGAUCACAGAUGCCAAGUGGACAUGUCCUUCAGCAAGUGGCUGUCAAUGGGCAAGUUCCUUAACAAAUACUUCAUGACUGCUACAUAGUUUACUUUCAUUCUUGUUAUCUCCAGGUCUAAUGGUGAUUUGAGUGACUGAUUGUACAUCAACUUUUUGAAGUGUAUCCCCUUUUUUGUUCAUGUUAACUUCUUUCAGGCUGACUUUUAUUACAUCUGAUUUGAGAAAUUUAGCCAUAAUUGUCUUCACAAGCUUGGUACAUUCUUUGUGCAGUAGAAGAACAACUUAAACCUCAGAAUGGAAGAGUUUUAUAAGGGGACUCAAAUGCAUUAGCAAAAAAAGAAACAAAUUUGAGCUUGUGUGGUGCUACUUUGUUUUUCAGAGAAGAGCAAAUUUGUCUAUAUUUUUCAUUCUUCUUCAACCAUGUGCUUUUGUUGUCCUUCAGUAAUGGAAGAUGCUAAAAAAAAAUAACUUUUGAGUCUGAAAAUGUUUGAGUACUCUUUCAACAGCUAGUCCUAAAGUUAACCAUUUGGUUUAGACAUGACAUAAUAAGAAUAUUUCCUCAAGAUCCAACUCUGUUAGCACAGCUGUAAAGUCUUCCUGUUGACAUGAGGACUACUUAAACCAAUAGAAUACAUUUAUGUAAAGUUGUUCAACUUGUAAUCCAUACUCCUUCAGUCCUGCUUGGAAUACAUUGUGAUCAACAUGUAA